UUUCCAUUUGAGCACCACCUUGAUGGUAACCCCACAACUAGCUGUCAUGGCAUGCUGAGGCUAUCCUUGACACAUCUAUCACUGCGCGCGUCGUCCUAGGCAAACAGCCGUGAUAAUUUACGGUACACAACUUCAAUGCCUACCAUGACUUCCACGAUGACUUCCACCACGCAAACCAGUACCAAAUGGUCGGUAGAAUACGACACAGUUCGCCGUCAAAAACUCUUCAAGAAUACCCCAAAAGAUCGAAGUGCUUUUCCAGCCCUCAAAGCCGCCGUGAAACCGCACAUCGAAUCGUUCAAUGCUCUUUUCGACCAGAAUCUCAUUGACCACGCUUUGAAAGAUAUUGGCACCUACACGACAACCGAUGGCAGUCCACGAGAUACAACUAGAGCCGGCCACCGAAACAAGCUCGAUCUCAAAGUCACAGAAAUCUUACUCGAAAAGCCAGUCCUACCCUCUUCCAACAAAUACAGCGUUCACAACCGAAACAUCUACCCCUCCGAAUGUCGAGAACGCCAUUCCACAUAUCGAGGCAAACUAAGAGCAAGAUUACAAUACAGAAUCAAUAAUGGAGAAUGGAAAGAAUCCAUCCGGGAGCUCGGACAGAUGCCCAUCAUGCUUCGAUCCAGCAAGUGCCAUCUCGAGAAAUCCUCUCCCGCAGACAUGGUCCGACACAAGGAAGAAGCCGAAGAACUGGGGGGUUAUUUCAUCGUCAACGGUAAUGAGAAACUCAUCCGCAUGUUAAUCGUCUCUCGGAGAAACUAUCCCAUGGCCAUUGCACGCAACACCUUCACCGGGAGAGGUCCCACUUUCUCAAAGUACGGCAUGCAGAUUCGAUGCGUCAGACCGGAUCAGACAUCGCAAACCAACGUCCUUCACUACCUCACUGAUGGAAAUGUGACGUUCCGCUUUUCCUGGCGCAAGAACGAAUAUCUGGUCCCCGUCGUCAUGAUACUCAAGGCCCUAAUCGAGACCAACGAUAAGGAGAUUGCCGAAGGCAUCAUUGGAGUCUCAGCAACUUCUUCUGCACCAAGUUCUUUCGUGGCCGACCGAACCGAGCUUCUUCUCCGCACAUACAAAGCCUACAACCUGAAAACACGAUCCCAGACUUUGGCAUACUUGGGAGAGAAAUUCCGUCCCGUCCUGCUCUGUCCGAUGACAAUGACGGAUGAGCAAGUCGGCGAGGAAUUCUUGAGGAGAAUCGUGUUACCUCAUCUCGGGAACUACGACGUGACUCCAGCUCAGAACAACGACAAAUUCCAGCUGAUCCUCUUCAUGAUCCGAAAACUAUACUCCCUCGCAGCUGGCGAUUGCACCUUGGACAAUCCUGACGCAGUGUCAAAUCAAGAAGUCCUACUCGGCGGGUUUCUGUAUGGAAUGCUCCUCAAAGAAAACAUAUAUGAAUGGCUCGUGUCCAUCGGCGCCGCCGCCAGAGACUAUCUGAGGAUGAAAGGAGGCGGACAAUUUUCCGAUCCCAGCUUCGAAACCGACUUUCUCACCAGGAUUGUUCGCCGCACCAACGAGAACAUCGCCGGAAAAUUGGAAUAUUUCCUAUCCACCGGAAAUCUAGUCAGUCAGACUGGUCUCGAUUUAUCCCAGGUUUCAGGUUUCACCAUUGUGGCCGAAAAGAUCAAUUUCUACCGAUUCAUCAGCCAUUUCCGGUGUAUCCAUAGAGGUUCAUUCUUUGCACAACUGAAAACAACGACGGUGAGAAAACUAUUACCCGAAAGUUGGGGUUUCCUCUGUCCCGUCCACACGCCCGAUGGAUCGCCUUGCGGUCUGUUGAAUCACCUGGCACAUCAAUGUCAGAUCCAAAUCAAGAAAAUCGACACCAGAGGUCUGGAAAAGGCCAUUCUGGAACUAGGACUCUCCCCCGUGCCUUCCAUGGAGCUCGAACAGAGUCUCUCAUUACAACUCGACGGCCGAAUUCUCGGCUACUGUUCAGUGCAGCGAGCCCGAGAAAUCGCACAGUUGUUGAGACACUGGAAAGUCCGAGGCGAGAAACAGAUCCCCGUGGAACUUGAAAUCGGGAUGAUUCCCACCUCCAACGGCGGUCUCUACCCGGGUCUCUAUCUCUUCACCGACCCGUCUCGAAUGCUUCGACCGGUCAAGUACAUUCCCGAGGAUAAACUCGAUUAUGUGGGUCCGUUUGAACAACAAUACAUGAAUGUGGCGUGUGUGGAAGCAGACAUCAUCCCCAAUUUGACGACUCACAUCGAAUACAAGCCCACGAAUAUCUUGUCCAUCUUGGCCAACAUGACGCCGUUCUCGGAUUUCAAUCAAUCGCCAAGAAACAUGUAUCAGUGUCAGAUGAGUAAACAGGCCAUGGGAACCCCGUCGUCGAACAUGAUGUGUCGAACCGACAAUAAAGCAUAUCUCUUGCAGACGGGCCAGACACCCGUGGUGCGUCCGCCUCUGUACAAUGAAUAUGGGCUGGAUAACUUUCCUAACGGUAUGAAUGCCGUGGUGGCGGUUAUUUCGUAUACUGGUUACGACAUGGACGACGCCAUGAUCAUCAACAAGUCUUCUCACGAACGUGGUUUUGGCGACGGUGUCAUCUACAAGACAAAGGUGUACGAAUUGAGCGAGAGAUCGAGGUCUAGCAGAUCCAAGACGGAAAUUAAAUCGCUGUUUGGCUUUGCUGAGGGCGAUCCAAACAUCCCUGCUGACACCCUCAAGACCCUCGACAGUGAUGGUCUUCCAGCCGUGGGUGCCAAGGUCGGCGAAGGUUCGGUGGUUUUGGCUCACCACAGUGUCAUGUUUGACCCAUCUGAAGGCAAGUUGAAGAAUCUGGAUGGGAAGACGAGUUAUUUCAAAUACAAGGACACGGAAGAAGCGUAUAUUGACCAGAUUCGGUUGAUCGGCUCCGAAUCUGGCGAUCAACCAUGUCAGGCUGUCAGUAUCAAGUAUCGAAUCCCCCGACGACCGAUCAUUGGUGACAAAUUCUCGUCACGACACGGGCAGAAAGGUGUUUGUUCGAUGCUUUGGCCAAGUGAGAGCAUGCCGUUCAGCGAGACAGGGAUCCAACCAGACGUCAUCAUCAAUCCACACGCCUUCCCUUCGCGUAUGACGAUCGGUAUGUUCGUGGAGUCGUUAGCGGGUAAAUCGGGCGCUCUCCACGGUCUGGCUCAGGAUUGCACGCCAUUCUCCUUUGAUGAGACCAACACGGCGGGCGAUUUCUUCGGCGAGCAGCUACGCCAAGCUGGUUACAACUUUUACGGCAACGAGCCCAUGUACAGCGGCAUCACGGGGCAACCGUUUGCAGCCGACAUCUAUCUCGGCGUCGUGUACUACCAGAGACUAAGACACAUGGUGAGCGACAAGUUCCAAGUACGAACGACUGGUCCGGUCAACAACUUGCACGGCCAACCCAUCAAGGGUCGAAGCAAGGGUGGUGGUAUCCGUGUCGGUGAGAUGGAGCGCGACUCCCUCAUUGCUCACGGAUGUGCGUAUCUCCUGCAGGACCGUCUCAUGGACUGCAGUGACAAACAGCGAGCUUGGGUGUGUCGCUCGUGCGGCAGCUUCUUGAGCACCAUGAUGGUUCCGAAUCAAUUCACUGCCGGUAAGCGAGGUGGACGAGUCGAGCCCAGCGGCAUGGUGCGUUGCCGAGCGUGUGCGCGACCUGCACAGUUUGAAGACAGCAAGAUGGUUGUGUGGGAGGACGGCUCCGGCCGAAAAUACGUCGGAGGCGAUAACACCACCAUCGUCAAUGUGCCUGGUGUGCUAAGAUAUCUUGACGUCGAACUGGCGGCCAUGGGGGUGCGGACGACAUUCCAGAUCGAAGCGUAAUGAUGCGGGCUGGUGUACACAAGAAAAGAGAUAGUAAAAUGAUGAUCAAAG